GCCUCAGUUCAUCAAGAGAAUGAGCCUUUGAGGAUUUGCUAGGAAACUCUUGACUGAAGGGAGGCCGGUGGAUGAAUCACUUUGUUUCUUAUGGAAAAGAUGAAAACUUUCUUUGUGGUUAUCUUGGCUACUGACUAUUUCUUACAUAUUUCUGGUAACAAUCCAUAUGCGGACAUUACAUGCGGUUAUUAUCGAAGGAAGUCUGCACAGGAGAACCGAAUAUGCUCCCUAACAGUCUACCCAUUAUGUGCCUCUAAUAAUGUUACAUACUCUAAUGCCUGCAUGUUCUGCUUCGCUAACAUAACCCAAGCACUUUCCUGUGAGAAACCUAAACCAGAGGGAGAGGCCGCGUGCGGGCAAUCUUGAUGGAGCUAGAGGACUUCCAGCCUAAACUGCCAGUAACCUAACAUCCAUUUGAGCCUGAAGUUAACUGCAGUCUCAGCUGACAUCUGACUGAAAAUACCCAAGACACCUCAAGCUAGAACUGCCCAGCUGAGUCCAAUCAACCCAUAGAAUGAUGACAGAUCACAACAGAUUGUUAUAUUAAGCCAAUAAAUUCUUCAGUAGUUUGUUAUGUAGGUACCAUAAUA